AUGGACGACGACCUCAACCUCGACGCCGCUGCCGGCCUCGCCUCCCUCGCCUUGUUCGGCAUGACGACCGCCCCCUCCAGCAAAGGCAAGCCUCGUGCCUCGUGCAAGACCGCCGCCGCGCCCAAGCCAAAGAAGGUGCUGACGCCCGAACAGCGGGCAAGGGAGUCGGCCAAGAGGAAGGGUCGGAGGCAUGCCGCAGACGCGAGGGAUGAAGCCGUUGCGGCUGCCGCCGCCGCCGCCACGCAGCGGGAGGUCACCAACGCCCGUGUCGCGGCGGCAACGAGGGAGGGGCUCUAUAUGCUAGGGUUAAACCCUAGCCAACACGGCCUCGUCAACGCCGCUGUCGCCGCGGCCAGCACCAGCUCAUCGGCGUUCCCUCGGAUGGUGCUGCCCGACUCGCCCCGCGCGUCGGCUUGCACCCCGAUGCCCGGCUUCCACGUGUACCCGCAGGCCUCCUGCCUCUCCGGGGAGUGCUCGCCCGACGUGAGCGUGGUGGCGCCUUCCACGCCCGCGCCCACGCCCAUCGACCUCUAUCGGGAAGGAGCGGCGACUGAGGUGGAAACCCUCAAGAAAGCGCUGGUUGAGGCCAAGAAGAAAGCGGCAAAGGAGCAAGCCGCCCGUGAAAAACACGAGGCUAGGGUUUGUGAGGUCCAGUAA